AUGAGGCGCGUUGCACUUGCCAGUGCUGCCCUGGCCUUCUGUCUGCCCGCCCAAUGGGUGGCAGGUGUAUGCAUCCGGUUCAAGACGCGAGGGGCGCCUCGCGGCCCCGUGGCCGGCCUAGAGAGGCCUGGCUCCGAGACGGAGUUCCCCGACCCCAAGUUCGACAAGCUGGCGCCGAUGUGCGAGGACUCCAACGACUGGCUCGAUUUUGCCGCCGACAAUCCGGCGCUGCGUGGGGGGCGGCGGCGGAAGCGAGAGCAUGAGGGCGGCGCGGCGGCCAGGCCUCCCUCCCCCGCCACCCAGCCUGCACCGCCGGUGCCACUUCGCGCCCAGGCGCCGGCCGCCGCUCUUCGCUCCCCGCUGAGGCAGGUGUCAAACCAGGCCGAGGCGGGCGGCGGCGGCGCGGCGGCGCGGCCAACGCCGAAGGCCAAGCCGGCGGAGCGCGGAGCGCGGGAGCCUGGCGUGGCGUGGCGCGCCGGCGAAAUUGCAGCGCGUGUGGCCGAGGUGGGCGAGGCGCUCGACUACUACGCCGACAAGCUCCUGGGCGCGGGUGCCGCAUCCAUCGGCCCACUAGCAAACUUCUACAGCGACUUUGCGUGCGGCGUCGGCGAGGACCGAGAUGCGGAGGGUUUGCGCUUGCUUCUCUCGAGCAGCAACGCCACCGGUUACAAGGGCGUGUUCAAGCAGCUCUCAGGCCGCUUCUGGGCGCGCAGGCGGGGCGUCUCCCUCGGCUUCUUCGACACCGCGGUGGAGGCGGCGGUGGCAUACGCGUGGGCGGUCGGCGAGGCGGCGGCGGCAGGAGAGGCAGGGCCGUCGGCAGCGGCGGUGGGCGAGACGUCGGCGGUGGGCGGGACGGCGGACUCGGGCGAGGGCGAGCCAGGCGGCGCUGGCGGCGAGGCUGCAGUCGCCGAGGCGCCGGCUGAGCGCCAAGCGGCAGCGGUGGCAACAGAGGCGGAGGGCUUGCGGCUGCACCUCUCCAGCCGCACCGCCACCAGGUACAAGGGCGUGUGCGAGCUGCCCUCAGGUCGCUUCUCGGCGAGGCACACCGUGGGCGGGAGGAGCAAACAAAUCGGCAACCCCUUCGACACCGCGGUGGAGGCGGCGGUGGCGUACGCGCGGGCGGUCGAGGCGGCGGCGGAGGCUGCAGCGGCGGCGGCGCCGGUGGAGCAGGCGGCGGCGGCGGCGGCGGCGGCGGCGGCGGCGGCGGCGGGCGGGGCGGAGCAGGCGGCGCCAGCUGUGGCGGCGGCGCCGGCGAGCGGGCUAGCCCAAGCGGCAAGGUUCACUUGUCGCACCCGUGACGUCGCCGCGCUAGUCCUUGCCCGCCACGGCCCGCUGAGCAAGGAGCAGCUCCUCGGAUGCUUGCAGCAGUUCGUGCAGCAGGCGGGCGAGGAGCUGAAGUCGCUGGUCACGAGCUUGCGCGAGCUGCUCGACAGCGCGGAGCCGUCCUCGCGCCUUGGCACACUGUUGUGCAACAACCGCGCGUACCAGGGCGACGAGGCGACGCAGCCAGCGGAUGCGAGUCGGCGUGCGCCGUGGUUCAAGUCGAGUCGGGUCGGUUCUGGCGUGUCGUGGUCGUUCGAGCCGCUCGGCUUGGAUCGGGCGCGCCCCUGCGACAGCACCGAGAUCCUGCUCGAGGCCCGGCAGAGGGUGGGGUCGGAGUGCGAGCGUGUGCUGGCGGGGAUCAACCCUCCACCCCUCCUGGCGCGUGCCCCAGCGCGUACACCGCUCGUGACAGAGGCGGAGGAGGAGGCGGCGGCGGCGGCGGCGGCGUUUGCGGAGGUGGAGGCGGCCGCAGAGGCGGAGGCGGCCGCAGAGCCGGAGGCGGCCGCAGAGGCGGCGGCGUCGACGGAGCAGGCGGCGGCGGCGGCGGCGGCGGCGGCGGCUGCGGAGGGCGCGGCGGAGCAGGCGGCGGCGGCGGCGGCGGAAGCGGAGGGGGAGGGGCCGCCACCGGCGCCCUCCACUGCUGCUGGCGCCGAGGCUGGCGCCGCCUCCGCCGCCAUCGAGGAGGCGCAGCCGGCGGAGGCGGAGCCGCAGCGGCGGCAGCAGCAGCAGCAGCGACAAGCCGAGUCGCCGCAGGAGCGCUCGACGUGGGCCGACGCGAGCGACGGCGGCGGUGCGUGCGCCGCCGCGUAUGUGCUCACCGGCGGCGGAUCUUACCAGCAACGUGUGUGUGCAGUGGCGUCUGGCAUCACAACAGAAGUUUGGUUUCUGCCACGCGAUCUGACCUGCACGCCGUGCGGACAGCCGAUCACCAUCCCGACGCCGCGGCCCGACGAGAACGGCGAGGCGAGCGGCCAGCUGCACCUACAGCUGGCGCAGGCGGCUGGCUUUUCGGGGGCGGCGCCGCGGCCGGAGAGGUGCAAGUGCUGCCCCCGCCCAGGCCGCAUCUGCGGCUUCCUCCCGCACUCGCGACUCGCGCAACACACCGAGGUGCGCGUUGUCGUGCGCGCGGUCUCGGAGGCCGCGACCCACGCCUUCGUUGUUGUCAAGUACCCCGUCUGCCCGUCGUGCGACGCGGUGAUGCGCGCCGCCGCUGCGCAGCACAAUCUCACCACCGUGGUGCGCUCGCCCGCCGGCUACCACGUCUACGCGCCGCCCGGCUGCGAGGUCACGCGCGACCAGCACGCCUCCGCCUUUGCCACCGCCUUCGCCUGUGGUGGCGCCAACGCCGUGCAGCCUGAGUUUUGCUCGGCCAUGGCAUCGGCCAUGCGCGCAGCUGCGGCGGACCCCCCCGUCGGCAUUGCGGUGCCGCCCUGCGCGCCGCUGCGUGAUGCCCGCGUCAGCGUCACAGUGGCGGACGGCGCGACGCACGCCGGGUCGAGCCUGUGCCCCGAGUUUGCAGACUUUGCGGCCGCUCGCCCGAGCACGCCGGAGGCGCCCGUCGAACGCACGCUGCGUUCCCUCGAGCUCCUCCGCCGGGCGGCCCCGGCCGCUCUCGCCGGCUGCGGCGCGCUGCGUCUCGAUCCCGACGGCAGCCUGAUGGAGCACCAGAUCAACGCGGUCGCGGCGCUGGGCGCAGCAGAGAGCGGGAGCGCCACCAGGCUCCUCGUUGCCCCGUGCGGCGCCGGCAAGACGAAGGUGAUGUUGGAGUGGUGCCGCGGACGCCUCGCGGCGGGGGUGAGCGCCGAGGGUGAGCCUCCGGCCGUGCUCGUGCUAGCGCCCCCCACGUCGCUCGCGGACUUGGCCGAACCCUUGCGUCGCAUGGACGUGUGCGUGUGCGUGCUCGGCGAGCGCGCCCUCGACUCCAGCGACGAGUCGCAGCGCAAGCGCAUCGCAGCAGCCGUCUCCGCCACGCUCCGCCGCAACGGAGGGAUGACGAGCGUGGUCCUCAUGCGGCACUGCGACUUUUUCGGCAGCGCCGAGCUCGUCGCAGCCGCCGCCGACGGCUGCGGCAACUUGCACGUCGUCAUCGACGAGGCGGCGCUGUUGAUGCGCACGGCGUACGGCCGAGCUGUGCACGACCGGCGCGCGCAGCAGCAGUGCCUCGAGGCCGCGAAGAGCAUCGUCGCAGUGAGCGCCGUCCCGUGCUUCGACAGCGCCGCGGGCGAUGUGGCUUCGGCGUCCCCGCUGAUGCAGGAGCUGCUCGCGAACACCGUGCCCAUGGAGCAUCCGUGGGAAAAGACCUACGUGGCGAGCGUGUGCGUGGUUGACACUCCGAUGGCCGCCAAGUCCGACAUGCUCGGCAACAGCGGCCUCCUCCGCAGCAGCGGCGGCCUCUCUCCGGCCGUGGAGGGCGCCGUCCUCGCAGCGGUGCACCACGCCGCAGGGGGAGGCCACCGGCACAUCCUCGUCGCCACUCAUCUCCUCGACGUCGCCCACUCGAUCCUCACGCUGCUCUCGCUGCUUGCUGCGCCCGCUACGCCGCACACCGUCGUCGUGGUCGAUGCCAUCGGGCCCGACGGCCGCCGCCGCGCGGAGCAGCUGAUCGCUGCGCCGCAGCCGCCGCCCCAGACGAGGUACAUCUUUGUGGCCUCCGUCGACGCGAACGCGGCCGGCACCAACGCUUUUGGCAGCUGCUCCGCCCUUGUGCUGGUCGGCACACCAUCGUGGUCGCUGCACGACGCGGUGCAGCUCGUGCACCGCUGCGCGCGCGGCCCUCAUGGCCCGAAGCAGAUCAAUGUGACACACGUGUGCGACAGCGAGCAGAUGGACGAGCCGCAGAGUGCCCUGCGGCGGCUCUACCGGAGGCUGGCGGCCGUGCACGCCGACAUGUGGUACAAGACGAUGGCGUCUGCCAUGGUGGCCGCCUGGACGGCCGUGGGGGGGAGGCUCGACCACACCUAUGGGCAAGCGACGCCCACCUGCAACCUCUGCUUCGAGGACGCCACGGACCCGGUCGCGUCGAGCCCGUGCGGCCACGCCUUCUGCCGCGAGUGCAUCCGGGACUACGUCGACUCUUCCGUCGCCACGCCCGGCGCCCCGCUCCAGUGCACCGUCUGCGACAACCCGCUCUCGACCGGGCCGCUCUCGGUCUGCCCGCUCCCGGAGCCGCGGUGUCUCGGCAGGCUUAUUCACGACUCGUGCCGCUUCUCCGCCGCGCCCCCGCUGCGCGGCCACGAACGCGGGGUCGCGCUCCACAAGCCGCUCAGCGUCCUCCGCUUCGCGCUCCUCCCGGCAGAGCAGCUCAAGAGUGGCCGCAAGGAGGCGGCCGACGACGUCGAUCAUGCCGUACGGCACGCCGCUGCGGAAAUGCGCGUCCCAAGCGCGGCACGCGGCGAGGUCGUCCUUGCACGGGUACAUCGCCUGCGCGAGCUGGCGCAGAUUACCGGCUCCAUCCAGACGGCGUCAUCGUCGCAGAGCCGCCCCCACGCCGCGUCGGUGCGCUCGAGCUCCUCGGCCGACGCGUUGAGCAGCGGGUUGGCGAACGGGUCCGCCUGGAUGUGGGCUCCGAGCCGGCGCGCAAGCGACUGGCACACGGAGGGCUCGCCCGUGAAAGAGGAGCCCGUGCAAGAGGAGCCCGCCGGGCCGGCAGCCCGCUGCGCGCUCCUGGCGAGAUCCUCCGCGCUCGGCACCCGCUCGGCGAGCCACGCCUCGUCGUACUUUAGCUGCUCCGCCCUGCCCUCCUCGGCGAACUGCAAGCGCUCGGCCUGCCUCGCCGCCGCCCUCUCCAACGUGUCCGCCCCCGCGUCGGCGGGAACGGCGGCGGCGUACCGCGGGAGAGGGCCGUCGCGGGCGAGCGCGUUGCUCACCGCCCUCCCCUCGCCGACGGGUACGCCGCACGCCACCGGCACGAGAGGGUCGCUGCCGCCUGCGCUGCUCGAAGCGACGGUCUCGGCGCCCGCUGCUAGGCCGCUCGGCGGCGGGCUCGGCUUGCACCACGCCACGUCGAGCAGCGCGUUGAAGGCGAGGACGUGCGAGACGGGCGCGAUGACGUCUGCAGUCAGCUGCUCCGCCUCUGGAAGAGGGGGCAGCGCGGCGCAAGGCCCCGCGAGCUCGCCCGCCGUCGGCAGCGCCUUGAGCCGCAGCCCGCUCUUGUCAUUGCCGCCUCCCCACGACGCGUGGCCGACGACGACCAUCGCGCGGGGGCCCGUCGGCGCGAGGCACGUCAGCUCGCGCGUGCCGAGCUUGGGCGAGAAGGUGACCACGACGCGGACGCCCCUCGUGUGGAAGGCGGUGAACGCGUUGCGUCCACCAGCCCGCUUGCCCUCGAGUAAGUCGUCGGGCAGCGCCUCCGGGAGGCACACCUCGAGCGAGGAGGUCGGGCCGGCCCGGGGGGAGACGGUAGAGGAGUGGGCGCAGCGCAUCGGCGCGAACUGCGGAUGGGAGGAGUGGCGCUCGGCGCCGCUCGUCGCCGAACUCUCGCGCCUCACCGGCAUCUGGACGGCGCGGGGGUAUGUUCUGCAGAACAGCCCCCCGCGGGUGACCGUCAGCCACUGCCGGUGCAUCAUCUCCGGCUGGCGGCACGUCUUUUGCAAGGUGCUCCUCACCAGCAUGCCGGCGGGGUGGCUCUCAAGUGUGGACGCCUUCAACAAGAUGUACAAGACCGCACAGAAGGGUGACCGAGCGCACAAAGAGUCGCAGGACAAGAGUGCGCUCUGCCGCCUCGACGCCUCCCUCUCGUACUCGGACGCGCACCGCUUGGCGGAAGAGUGCCUCGAGUUGGCCGACACCGCAGACUCGGCCGCCGCUCGCUACAAGUGGAUCCAGCAGUGGCAGUACCUCUGCUUUGCGCUCGUCGGGCCGCGCGCGCAGCUCCUGAUGGUGUCGCAGGACUACGGCCACACGACCUUCCGCCCAGCGUUCGGAUCCGGCGAGCAAUACUCCGCUCCGCUUUUCAAGCACGCGGCUUACUGUCGGCAGCCGGCCUGCCUCUCUCUGCACCACCGCUCCAAGAACGACCAGUCCCACGCGCCGCUCAACCUCAUCCCCGCGCGCGUCACACCGCUCUGUCCGCUCUUCGCAACCGGCCUCCUGCGCCUGUACCAGCACGGCAAGGAGUUCGCCAACCUCGCCCCCCCCGGCUGGCGGGACAACAAGCAGGCCAAGGUCGACUGGCCCGCCUUGGCGAGCGCUGUCAACAAGCCGUCGGAGUUUGUCGACUCCUUGUACAGUGAGCCUCUGCGCGAUGCUGCAAGGGAGCUCGGGAUGUCCGUGGAGGGGGGCGUCGUCAAGGCGCUCCGGCAGUUAAACGUGAUGCACACGAGCGCCAACCCCGACUGUUCGGACGCCGACGGCGCUCGUAUCGCCGAACACAACCGCGAGGGCCGGCGCGACCAGAACUACUACACAAUGCACGGGCGCCCCACGCAGCUGAUUGCGCACUACCUCGGCGACGACCCCACGCAGGCCGCCUCUCUCUGCGCGCUCACGGAGCUGUUGACCGAGCACGACGACGAGAUGACCGAGCUCAUCCUCUGGGGGCUGUCGAAGCCGUACUGCGACGCCUUCCGCGCGUUCCAGGUUGCGGGCAAGGACUCCUCGUUCAAGAGCGUCACGCACUUCUUCGAGACGAGCAUGUACCUGAUGAAGGUGGCGGUCGUCAUGUCGCGCGCGCGCAUCUACUCCGCGGCGCUGAUGAUCACCGAGGACUCCCCGACGCCAGCAGACGCGUACAAGUUGGUCGGCAGCAUCAUGGACCUGAGCUUUGGCGGCCACUCCUUUCUCAAGACGAUCGAUGAGCGGCUCGCCCACUAUGAGACGCAGGAGAUCCGCCUCGGCGACACGGUUCUCAUCCCCGCUUCGCAUCGUUUCGCCAACGAUAAGUUGCUCAAGGCGAGCCUGCGCGGCGUGGAGAAGCUGCUCGACAAGCAAGGCCGGAUCCUUCUCUCCGGCGACGACGCUGAGAAGAUCCAAGCUGCGUGGGAGAGCAACCAGCUGAGUGACCUCGAGCGCUCCGACAUCGUCUCUCGAGCGAAAGGAAUCGACGAGAGAGCCGCGCGCGCGCUGCUGGGCAUGGCCACGCCACUCUCCGAAAGCCUGCGCACGGGCGCGCGGCUCUACCUGACGCCCUGGGAGCUCGACGCGUCGGUGAGGGAUUGCGAGGCCGAGAGGGCGGCAGACGCGUGCAACGAAGAGGCCGUCGAGCUCUGCGUGCGGGAGCUGAAGGCGAGGGGCGAGUGGUCGGACUCCGAGGACGCGGCGCAGACCUUUUCGCUGUCGCAGCUACGGCCGGGCGAGCUGCCGCAGCUACGGCCGGGCGAGGCUGCAGUCGACAAGCCGUCGUCGAAGCGGGCGAGGGUGGAGAAGGCGGCGAGGGGUGGCGGCGGAGGAGGCGGCGAGGGUGGCGGCGGAGGAGGCGGCGAGGGCUGCGGAGGCGGAGGUGGCGAGGGAGGCGGAGGCGGCGAGGGUGGCGGCGGAGGAGGCGGCGAGGGUGGCGGCGGCGGAUGCGGCGAGGGUGGCGGCGGAGGAGGAGGCGGCGAGGGUGGCGGCGGCGGAGGAGGCGGCGAGGGUGGCGGCGGAGGAGGAGGCGGCGAGGCACCGCUAGUGACGACGCAGGCGAUCAUCGACAGCAAGUUCUCGUUCCUCACGACCGACGGGACGCUGGGCGAGAUCGUCGGUCGCUUUGUACACCAAUGGCUGCCUCUCGAGUUUAGCGGCUGCAAGCCUAAGCCGAAAAACGUCUCGGACGACAACCGCCGGCAGCGCUUGUGCUACCAGCGCGACAUCCUCUACAAGGCGCUCACGUUGACGAUCGCCGACGGCGAGACCGUGCCGCGGCCGCAUCUGCUCCGACACGUGCUGCACAACAAGCAGUCCGUCGCGCGCAAGGCACAGUGGGCGAAAGACGUCGACAAGCAGCUGCGCGCGGAGAUGCUUCGCUUCGUCUAUGGCGUGUCGAACGCCAAGGAGACGUUCAAAUACGACUCCGCCGUGCUCGAGGCGCUCCAGGCGGGCAUCGACGCCAGCGGCACCACCUCUCCCGACCCCGCAUUGGCACCGCCGGCACCGGUUGCGCCCCCUCCACCGACGCAGCCGGCGCAGCAGCGUUUCGUGGCGCUCGACCCGGGCAUCACGGACUCGCGAUACGGCGUCGCCGUCGCCACCGUCGUGUCGAACGACAUCACACGCGUGCAGCAGACCUCCUUCAAGCCUCGAGCCGCGGCCGACAAGUCACGCCAAGACAUCCGCGUCGGCUCCGCUAUCGAGAUGCUCGUGCCGAUGCUCAGGGGCGCUAAGGAGGUGUUCGUCGAGCCAUAUCGGUUUGCUGCCGGGACGGCAUCGGGCGCCGACACCUCGUCCUACAUGCGGGGGGCGGCGCACGCGGCAGCGUACCAGGCUGGCGCCGGGCGAUCGUCUGAGGUGAAUUCAUCGAGCUGGAAAAAAUCCUUCCCGCGCAAGGGCGAGUCGCUGCUCGAGCGCUUUCGCAUCCCUCCGCCGGCCUGUAAGGACGCAACCGACGCCGUCUGCAUCCUGCUGCACCAGCUCGUCGUGCAGAGCGGCUUCUCGUUGGCAGUCGGUGAGUACGAGGCGAUGUGA